CAUGGCACACGCGGAUGCCCUUUGACCUGGCUUGCAGUGCGCCUGCGUGACAGGAAGUGAAAAUGGCGAGUCCACAUGGCCCAAACAUUUUGCUUACAGGCACCCCAGGGACAGGCAAGUCCACUCUAGGAAGAGAGUUAGCUCAGAGAGCCUGCCUAAACUAUGUUAACAUUGGGGAGAUGGCUAAAGAGAGGGAGCUCUAUGACGGCUGGGAUGACGAAUACGAGUGUCAUGUCCUGAAUGAGGACAGGGUUGUGGAUGAACUUGAAGAUCAGAUGCAGCAGGGUGGAAAUGUUGUUGACUAUCAUGGCUGUGAUUUCUUCCCAGAGCGCUGGUUUGAUAUUGUCUUUGUACUGAGGACAGAUAAUUCCGUCCUCUACGAGAGACUAGAGCACAGGGGAUACACUGGGAAAAAGUUGCAGGAAAAUGUACAGUGUGAAAUAUUUCAGACAAUUUUAGAUGAAGCCAGGGAGGCCUAUAAAAUAGAAAUAGUUCAUGAACUUCCAAGUAACACACCUGAAGAUAUGGAAGAAAAUAUUGAAAGGAUUCUUUUGUGGUUAGAACAGUGGAAAUUAACGCAUUAAAAUAUGAUGUGUAAAGGUUUAGCGUAGU